GGAUGGUAGUGUCGUCUCUCAGAUGUAGACGCUCCUUUCUUUACGAGAUGAGGUAUAAAAGGCACGACCACUCCCAUCCAUCCAAGGUAUAAUCCAGCUAUAUCCAGUCCUUCCAUUGCCCAAGAAACGCACAUCUCUCAUCUACAAUCGCCGUCUCCAUCCACCGCAAUCCACGAUGAAGCUCCCCAUCACCAUUCUGAGCAUGCUCGCUCUCUCCUCCGCGCUCACCCUCACCCCGAAAGGCGACCCCGUCGUCGAAUGUGGCGAUCUCGGCGUCAUGACCGUCGACCCGGCCGACCUCCCCGCGGGCGUCGCCCCCAGCGACGUCCGGAAAUGCCUGGACCACCCGCUGGGCCGGAACCGGCACGUUAAGGGCGCGUCGCUGGCGCCGCUGGAUGCGGUGGAUGCCUCGUUCUACAACGGCACGGGGGACACCGACACCAGUCCCGUGGAGGCUCGCGUGGAUGGCCUCGACGGUGCCCUGGAGAAACGGGCGUGCUACAAGGACGCGCCGUAUGGGUGCUCCGGGGGGUAUUGUUGGAAGGCCUGCGGGGACAUGAACAAGGGUGAGUGGUGCUGGACAGCGGCGAAGGACGGGCUGGGCGCUUGGAUGAAGUGUAGUACGUGGCAGCACUGCGGGACUACGUCGUAUGCGUGUGGGAAGGGAGGGUGUCAGGCCUGUGGGUGCGGUUGUUAGCAGGCUGGAUGGAUGGCCCAGUGCGCUAUGAGGAGCAGUUGUAGGGGUUGAGGUAGAUAGUUUAGGCGGAUGAUGGACGAUCUAAGGACGAACUACAAUGGAUACCUAGAUAUAGGCGAAUCUCCUAAUCAAUAAAAUGGGAUAGUCCAGACAAUUGAUGAUCGGCAGGCUACUUG